GUCGUGAGGCAGCCAGCGAGCCUGUGCGUUGUGCGCCGUAGGAAUCCGCGCGACUGAGUCUUGAGGCGUUUCAAUCGGAGACACCGGCAGACCGACUGGGGCGCAGGCAGCCCGCCGCCCUGACACCGCCGAGACUGACGCUCCCUCUCCCGGACUGACAGGCCAAUCGCAGGCCACCGCUCGCCCUCCCUCCAUCCUCAGCACGCUCUCUCUCUCUCUCUCUCUUUCUCUCUCACUCACACACACACUCCCUCCUCCUCCUCUUCUUUCUCCCUCUCUCACUCUGGUUUUCAUUCCUUUGCGUUCAAUCCGUGCAUUCCCUCCUCCUCCUCCUCCUCCUCCUCCUCCUCCUCCUCCUCCUUCACCACCUCACACCUUUUGGUCAGAAGAGGAAGAGGAAGCCCAGCCCAGGGAGAGACGCUGAGAGGAUGAAACUCUGACACGCCGACAGACCACAGGGAAACAAGAGCACAACUAUAAUUGCUAGAAGGAAGCGCCCAGGAAGGUCAGCCAAGAACCCCGCCGUAGGUGCCAAAGUGAAAUCUACAGGACUACAAUUACUUGGACAGACUGAGGCGGCAGAGCAAAGUGAAUGACAGUAACUGAGUGGUAUAGUGCGGUGUUGACACUGGACUUCACUCUCAGCAUCAGCAGCAACUGAUUUCUCAUCUUCCCAACACCUGCAGCCCCUGACCUCCAGCCUCUCAGACAGGUUGUAUCUGACGGAGGGACCGGUGCCGCGCUCCCAUCCCUGCGCUCCUUCAACAACAACACUGGUUGAUCAGCACCUGUGGCAGCACCAGCAGCAGCAGCGAGUCGAGUGACCCAGCUUCAGCCCGACCGGCUUUACCUGUACAUGGAGACCCCCAGCUGGGCAGGAAACACGUUGUGUAAGUCAGGAAGCAUCGCUGUCUUCGGGAACGUGGUAUACAGCGGACUGCUGAACGAUCACCUCUGGCAUUUGGGAGUGCCCCUCUUUACAAGACUGGGUAACCAAGAGGCCACUAACCCCCCAGAAGCGAUGGCCCAGCCGUACACCCCAGCCCAGUACCCACCCCCCCCACAGAAUGGUAUCCCCGCAGAGUUUGCGGCACCGCACCCGCUUCCAACACAGGACUACACCGGGCAGAGCCGGGUUCCCGAGCACGCCAUGACCCUCUACACGCCCACACAGACGCACAGCGAGCCGGCUGGCACUGACAACAGCACGCCCGCAAUCACCGCCACCACGACCGCACCGACAGAUGAUGUGACGCAAACAGAGGGCUCUCAGCAGCUCCAGCUCCAGCACUCAGACUCUUCAGAGAAGCAGCAGCCCAAAAGGUUACAUGUCUCCAACAUUCCCUUCCGCUUCCGGGACCCUGACCUAAGGCAAAUGUUUGGGCAAUUUGGAAAGAUUUUAGAUGUGGAGAUUAUCUUUAAUGAGCGAGGAUCCAAGGGCUUUGGGUUUGUAACUUUUGAAACAAGCACAGAUGCUGAUCGUGCACGGGAGAAACUAAACGGUACAAUCGUAGAGGGACGCAAAAUUGAGGUGAACAAUGCAACAGCACGAGUGAUGACAAACAAAAAAGUGGCCAACCCUUACACGAAUGGCUGGAAGCUGAAUCCAGUGGUCGGAGCUGUCUAUGGUCCUGAACUGUAUGCUGUAACAGGGUUUCCCUACCCUGCCACAGGCGCUACGGUGGCCUAUAGGGGUGCCCACUUGCGAGGUCGGGGGCGGGCUGUGUACAACACGUUCCGCACAGCUCCACCGCCACCACCCAUCCCAGCUUACGGAGCGGUUGUGUACCAAGAUGGCUUCUAUGGUGCAGAGAUCUAUGGUGGCUAUGCAGCAUACAGAUUUGCCCAGCCCACCACCACCGCUGCUUACAGUGACAGCUAUGGCAGAGUCUAUGCAACAGCAGACCCCUACCACCACACGAUUGGCCCUGCUGCCACAUACAGUGUGGGGACUAUGGCUAGCCUAUACAGAGGAGGGUACAGUCGCUUCACUCCCUACUAAAAGAAAGAAAAAAAGCGAGAAAAGACAGAGACAUUACCCCAACAAACAAACAAACAAACAAAAAAACAAUCUAAAAAAAAAAAAAAAAAAGAGACAAACACAAAACAAGCAGUCCUUGGUGGGGAGCUAAAUCAAACUAAAAGCUUCCAGGUCCCCAUGCUGAGCCCCUCCCCUGACACCCUCUCAAGCCGAUAUUUCUACAACAACCUUUUUGAUGUCAUCAUUGGUCUGCUCUUGUUUUGUAUUCAUUUUGUGCUUUUGGUUUUUCUUUUGGAAAGUUUUAUGCACAUGUGCAUUAUCUUGAUUGCUGUAUACGGGUGCUGUGUCACCAUAACCAAUGUGAGCCUACUGCAGCACGCAUGAUGCAUGCUCAGAGGUGUGUGUAUGCAGCCGCUGUCAUCUGACUAAGAAUAUACCGGGGCAUUUCUUAUAACAUAUACACACAACAAACAAACAGGAAACAUACCAGGUCUGAUCAGGUCGACUCCACCCGAGGUUAGCUCUCUAACCUCCAUCUUCCAUUUGACACGCAGAGAUAAAGAAGUCGGUUCAAACGCUGACUAACAUGCCUUGGUAAUUCUUUGUUCAAGGACAGCACUGCUCUGAUUGCUUUUAUUUUUUCUUUAAAGUGGAGUGUCCUACUGUUGUGCACUUGCAGUGGAGUCUUACAAGCUGUACUAUGUGGUAUGACAGCAUGCAGAGUAAAGGGUCACAAAGGUCAGAUCUCUGUCUUGGACUCACAAUGCUCAUACUCUGGCCCAGUCUCCUGCACAUUCUUAUAUGUUUAUAUGCAACUACUCUGCAUCGGUCCUUAUGUUUUGAGAGGAACAUUAAUGCUGGCUGGGUUACGGUCUACAUUUCAUGGAAGUACCCCCCCCCCCCUAAAAAAAGAUGAAUUUUGCAGCUGAAGUUGUAUUGGGCGGCUUCAUUAGAAUAUGUAUUGGACGGUGUUUUACAUUUUUUGUCCACACCCCAAAACCAGUAAAAUGCAGCAACAAAUUCAAAUGUCAGUGGAGACUCAGUAGCCUGUGAAUAAAAUUUAUUACAAAACUGUUUUACUGGAUAAGUGGAAUUAGUUAAAAAACUUAGGGGUUUUAUAAUCAACUAAUCAUUUAAGUCAAACAUUAAAGGUCCCAUAUUGUCCUCUUCUCCUGUGUUUUAUUUGAAGUGUUGAUCCAUAAGAAGAUAUAUUUCUCUAUGGAGCUCUAGUUACAACAGGUCAGUGAGCCAAUCAGAAAAGAGGAGGCUCUGAGCUUCUCUUUUGAUUGGCUGACAGUUUUCUGAGUGAUCCACUAGAAAUAGAGCAGAUUUCAGUUAAACACUCAGAGAAACCAAAUCCUGCAAGGUUGGAUGGUCAGUCCAGAUGGAUGGGGUUUGGGGCGUGGCUGAGAGCUGUGACUGCUUUGCUGUGACAUCACAAAGUUACAGAAGUCCUAACGGCUCAUUUUAAGGCUCAGUUUCUGAUACUUUCACAGUAUUAAUAAAGAGCCUAGACCUGCUUUAUAAUCAAACAGCACGUCACAUCUACGUUUACACAAAGUGGGACCUUUAGGGAAAAUGGCCAAAAGUUACUUGUUCCAGCUUUUCACAGUUCUGCAUCACUGUAAAUACUAUUUGAACGUUUCUAAUCACUAUUAUCUGUGAUUUCAUUAUACGAUUAGUCAUAAAAAAGAAAACAAUUAUCCAUGAAAAUAUUCAGUCAUGAGUUACAGUGCUGAACUUGACUGCUUUACAUUAUGUGUGGGUUUUUAUUUCUCCGGUCAGUCAGCAUGUUUCCCCAAAACAUGAUGGGUAAAUGCAAAAUAGUUGCAUAUUAACUUAAUUUGCAGAAGAUACGUUGCAUAUCCUCACUAAUACACCAUGGCAGAUAAACUGUCCCCGACAUUCCCCACAUCGACACACACACAUAUACACACACACACACACACACACACACACACACACACACACACACACCCAGUAAUGACACAGCACUGAGGUGGGUGAACCUGACAGAGGGCUGUUCUGCUACUUCAGUCACUGGUCUCUUUUUUAAGCAUUGCACAAAAUGUUUUACCUCAGGAUAAGCUAAACUGAAACUCACAAACUAGAAUACAAUGCUAUUCACUUCUCAGCAGGCAGGAUAGUUUCAUUUCUAACACAACCAGCAGGUUUGUCCUCUUUGCAACACAGCUUUGUAGAAGAGCUGAUUUUUGAUUUUUGUUUAAGCAGAGACCCCAAGAGAGGAUGAUAAAAUAAGACUGUACUGUUGUUCUUUAUUACAGCUACUGUAUUAUAUAUAUAUAUAUAUAUAUAUAAUAUAUAUAUAUAUAUAUAUACACAGUAUAUACAUGUGUGUAGACAUAUACUGUCAAACACAUUUUACACUGUAUACACACAUGAGUACAAUAAGAUAGUGUAUAAAAGCAGCCAGGAGUUAGGGGACACAGUGUAAAUGUGUGUAGAGUGCAGCAGUGCUCGCCUCUUAGUCCACAUACAGUCGCUGCAUUGGCUUCUAUUACAACUUUGUGCUACGUGAGCUGGAUUGAAAAGAAACUCUCUGUGUAGCUACAGUUCGCUCUCAAGAUUUCAGUGCAGCUAUGGAAAUACAACUCAAAGCUAUUGCCAAUAAUAUUUAAUUUAUAUGUACUCACAAAAGUGUUUGUGGUCUCAAAAGAAAAAUCUGUUUGUUGCACUUUAUUAUUUCUUUUUUUCUUUCUUCUCCUUCUUUUUGUUGUUGUUGUUUUUUUUCAAUCCUUUCUGAGAUGUAACAUAUUUAUAAAAGUAUCAUAUACAGCUAGUUAUGUUCAGUCAAGAUGUUAAAAUGCUAUAGAGUAAUGUUGUAUAUCAAAAAAGAGAAUUAAUUAACCCAUUAUCUCAUGAGUCAAAGAAAAUCUUUAUGUGGGUAAAGAAACAUUGUUCUUCCUUUUAUAUGCUAGUACGUACACACCGUUUGGGGUUUUUAUAUGAGUCGAAAGAAACUUUGAAUAUUAUUUUUACCAUUUUCAAAUUGGGAGAAGUGGUUUGUGCAUUUGUAGGAGUUUCUCAUACAAACUCUGCAGCAGAGUACAUGUGUGGGUGUUCAGUUAGUGACCACUAUUAGUAAACUAGACUGGAAUGACAUACAUUUUUUUCUUUUGUUUUUGUUUUCCGAUCUGAAUGUGUGUGCCUAUGUGCUAUUUACAUAUAUAUAUGCAUUAGAAUGUGUGUUUGUGUGCGUAAGAGAGAAAGAGGAAGCGAAUGAAGUUUGCUAACAUACUGUAGUUUGCAGUACGCUAACAGUUUAAUGUGACUUCACUCUACGUCCCUGCAAUAACAUCAGGAUAGUUGAACUCUGACCUCAGAUAUCAGUCAAUACAGACACCCUGAACAUGUUCCAUCGUUUCCCCAUUUCAAGUAAUGAAGAACUACUUUUACCCAUUUGGUCUCCUUAACCGUCAUCUGAGCGGAACAUGUGAAGUGAACAUGAUGAGGGAUAGGACAGGUGUGUUGAGACUAUUCAAAAAAUAUAAAGUCUGUCAAAAAACAAAGUCAAAAUUGGUGCGAUGUCUUGCAACGUAAUGAAGACAAAAAAACAACAUCACAGUGAACUACAGUCUCAAACCUGACGGUAGAAUUUACCGCAGAACUGAUGUAUUAAUCAGCUGAUUAAUCAAUCAAUAGAAAAUUGACAGUGUGGCUUAUCUGUCGAGCAUUCAUCAACUAAUGUGAAUUUCUCAUUUUAAUAUCAGAUGGUGGAAAACUAAUAUUAAUUUUUAUUUUUGCAUUCUUGAAUUAAUAAUUAAUAAUAACAGCAUGUAAUGUUCAUCUAAAAAUAUAUCAUAUUUUUAAGGGAUAUCAAAGAUGAGUGUUUAUGAGGUGAAACCUCGAGUAUAUCCACAUAAUCAUAAUCAAAUCAUUAUUCAAAGUACAGAAUAUUAAUUAAUGUGCAAAGAAAUAAAAAAUAAAACAACGAAAUAAAAUGUUCCUGCAUUGUGUUGAUUAAGAGUGCUGCUUGGCGUCUUUAAAUGGUAAACUCAGUGGCAACUUGUUGCGUUGAUAGUUUAGACAUAAAUUAUUCAAAUUUAGAUUUCGGUUCACAACGUGAAUCAAGUCCAACAUGAGCUCUCUAAUGGUUUAUCCCAAUGACAUGUGACUCAUAGCGUUCCACUCGACUUGUUCUUCAAUCCUGUAACGUUGCCAUCAGUGUUUGGGUGAUGUGAAUUACACCUUACAUUAAAGCAUUAGCACAUGUGAUGACAACAACACAACGUGAUCUGCUGGGGAGUCACAGACUCUUUGGCUGGGCAGGCUGACCAAUGGGGCAAACUUAAAGCCAGUAUUAUUUCUGUCCUCCUCAUUAACCUCCUAAAGUUUCUUCAGAAAAACAACCAUCUGCAGUUUUCUUGUGCUUCCAGAUGCAUGUGAACAUUAAAGAAAAAACAAACAAAAAAAAACAAAAUGAAGACAUAUUUGUACAUGCACAUGGCGCAUUUUCCCAAGAAAUAGUUCAUCAUGAGGAUACAUAACAGACUCAUCAUCACUAUGACACUUCUCUACUGUCAUGUUAUUACAGGGACGAGUUUGAGUAAGGUCAUCCGGAAAUGCUCCUAUCAGUCUGCACGGGUUUGUCUACAGUUUACAGAAAAAGUUCGAAAUUAGCAUUGUUUAACUGUGUCAGUGUCAGCUUAUCAAGGCUUAAAUGUUAAAGACAUAACGUGUAAAUAACUCUGGUAGUCAGUAUUGUAGAGGUCUGAGCCGUUUUAUUAUGCUUACAGUAAGUCAAAAGUAAUUUAAAUGUGAAUUUAUAGAACAGACACUUUGAUAUUUUUUGGUUUCCUUUGCUUUUGUUGUAUUCCAUAACCAGCUUAAUAUGCAACCAGACCUCUAUUUGAUCCAAAAAUCUGUUCGUACUUAUUAAUAGUAGUAUUGAGAUACGUUUACAUAUCAACAGAAAAUACUCUUUAUCCAUCAUUUAUAUUUACUACAAGUAUUCACGAAGCCCUGAUAAGCUGGCAGGUGCAUUUAUUAAUCCACCUAAAAGAUUUGUACAAAAAAGAACCAAGCAAAAAAGUUACGUACUUGUAAAUACAUUUAAAUGUAUAUACACACACACACUAUAUCGCAAUUCUCUGAGUAACUGUUUUAUAUGUAUUCCUAUAUGAAGUGGGGUUAUCUGUGUAUUUUCAAUUCAGCUGAACUUGUUCUUGAAUUGUAUGUAAUUUCUAUAAUGAGAAUAUAUUGUCUGAAAGGUGUAAAGUAAUUUUCUUUUGGAUUCAUUUCAUAGGUAAAAGUAUAUGAUUAUGAUCUUUCUUUCUUUAUUCAUGAAUUAUUUUUGUUGUCAGUAUGUGACAUAAGUAAUCUCUGAUUGUUUUGAGUGUCAGAAUAAAGCAGUUAUAAGAAGAUUA